AUGAACAAGUCUCUUCAGCCUGAUAAGAAUUACUAUCCUGUGGAUGUUCCAGUACCUAUGAUUCUAAAGGUGAUCCAAUGUGUCCUUCCCUUCAUUGUUAUUGGAGCUGGAACUAUUCAUUCAGGAGACCACUUUGUAGGCUUCUGGUGGUUUUAUGGAAUCAAUUGCAUUUUGUUCCCUGUUAUUAUGAUCAACUUUACUCCAUUUUACACACAAGUUUGGAGAAGAGUCAAAGAAACUUACUUGUGGCCAACUCAUAAUACAUCAGAUCUGUUCAUUGCUACUAUUUUAGGAAUCAUUGGCUUCUUCCUCAGUUUUCUAUCAGGAUACUUAGACAGAGCUUCUGAGUCUGGAAUCUUAGAUGGAGUUAAAGGGGUCAGAUCAGAAAUGGGAAACAUUGCUCAGACAGAAGAAAAGCUAAGUCUUCUCAGGAUUACAUACAUCAUCUUCUUCGUGCUCGUCACUGCCUUUGGUAACCCCAUCUUUGAAGAGUUCUACUGGAGAAUGUUCACUCUUGAGACCUUUGCAACUGAUGGCAAAGUCGAUACUCCCACAGUGAGAUGGGUAACAUCAAUAUUUUACGGAGUGUAUCAUUUCUGGAUACCCUUUACAGACCAAGGACCUGUUGCAGGAAUCAUCUUUGCAAUAGCUGUAAUAGCCUAUGGAUACCUGCUUGUCCACCAGAGAUUGACAGUUAACAUGUUCAAUGCAUUACUGAUCCACCUUGGAAUGAACCUGGGACAACCAUUCAUGCUUUAUUUCCAAAGAGUCGUAUCAGUAACCAUCGUUUGGGCGAAAUAAAAGCAAUAUUUUU